CAAAAAUUUAUCCCCAUCAGGACAGUCAAAUUCUUUUGGUCCUUUAAAAAGGUGCUCACGAUGGCUGAACCAAGAAAUCACGUAGUCAUUAGCGAGGCAUCAUUACCAUCGUUAGAUGUUAUUGCCAAGCAAGUAGCAGACGACGGUGCAGGUGCCAUUAGUACGUUUUCUGGCACCACCCGUGAUCAUUUUCAAGGCAAGGUGGUACUGCGCUUGGAGUACGAAGCUUACGAAGCCAUGGUCAUCAAGAUAUUACAUGAUUUGAUCAAGGAAGCGCGUUCGAAAUGGAAUGUAAUGCACAUUGCGGUGUAUCACCGUACUGGGCUGGUCCCUGUCGGUGAAACAAGCGUCGUGGUAGCUUGUUCCUCGGCCCAUCGAGCGGAUGCUAUUCAUUCGGCCGAGUAUCUGAUAGAUGAAUUGAAAGCGCGGUGUCCUAUUUGGAAGAAGGAAGUGUAUGAGGACGGCAGUGUAUGGAAAGGUGCCUGCGACAAUAAACAUCACCAUUAAUUGAUAUUCAAA